GAUAUAGUUAAUUCGGAUAACAUCAUCGAUGGAGAAGCCGAUGUUAUGGUACAAGAUAUCAAAAAAUGGAUAAUCAAAGCUUCUGAACUUAAGAUUGAUAACGUGAUUGGAGAAGGUGGAUUUGGAAUUGUAUUCAGAGCUAAGUACAAGAAAGCCGAGGUCAAAGAAAUCACAGUUGCUGUCAAAACCAUGAGAGGAAAUGCUUCUUCGAUGGAGGAAAGAUCGUUGUUGUCUGAAGCCUAUAACCACAUAAGACUCGGCAUUCACAAUAACAUUGUGAAUAUACAUGGAAUAGUUGUUAAUGAUGGUCCAUUAAAGUUGGUGGUUGAAUAUGCCGAACAGGGAGAUCUUCUAGCAUAUCUACACUACUUGGAUAAACUAAACAAAGCGCAGAGGUCAUUGUUUUCGGAACGUGUUUCCCAAGAGGGAUUGUUUCUCACAGAUGUCGCAAUACACGUGGCUCAGGGAUUGGAGUUUUUACAUUCCAAGCACGUUAUCCAUCGUGACAUUGCUGCACGUAAUGUAGUUAUCUACGGUGAUGGUAUCGGUAAAAUAUGUGACCUGGGAUUAUCUAGAGAUGUAUAUCAGACUAUUUAUUGCAAAAGACCGAGUCCCUCAGAUGAAGAACGAGAUAUGCAACUUCCUAUAAGAUGGAUGGCACCGGAAACUCUAGCCGGAGACUUUGUCUACUCAAACAAAAGUGAUAUGUGGUCAUAUGGAGUAUUACUAUGGGAGAUUUCUGCACUAGGUCAGCGUCCAUACCACCAUGUGAAACCUGAACACCUUUUAUCAAUAAUACGAUACGGUAACAUAAAACUGAAAAAAUGCGCAGGAUGCCCGAUAGAAUUAUACAAUGUGAUGAAACAUUGUUGGCAGGAAGAUGUCAAAAAUAGACCAUCGGCAGGAGAAAUGGUCCUGCGGCUAAGACGUCUGAAACACCAAAAGAAGGUGCACAUAUAUUUCUGUGACCCUAUAAUACCCGUAGAUGUCCUUACUUCUGUGCCAAGACAAUCCGUGCCCAGACACAAAUACACAAAUACGAUACAAAUAAACUCGAUGGAGUUAUCAGUGUUUGAGUAA